AAGUAGAACAAUCUUUGUUGGUAGUUCUGUAUAAAUGUUGACAUUUUCCUUCAGUUUUUCCCUUAUCUAGUAGUAGAAAAAUUGAAUUUUUCAUCUGAAAACGUCGUUUUUGUUUCAUACUGGAACUGUCCUUGCUCCUCUCAACUCGAUGGUGGAUAUCUACGUGAGGCCACGAUCAUUAAAUCGUUAAUAAAAUAAUCCAUUUUAUGAGAAUAAUAUGUUAGAAUAAUUCAAUUUACACUCACUAUUUAAUUUAUUUUCUAUAUAAAAAAGAUGAAAAGACAGUUUAUCAAGGUAAAACAAUUUGCUGACCAAACCUUCUCUAGGUCUGGCAAAACUGAAGCACUUUCGGAUACAUUACAAAUAGCAGAAAAACGAGUUGAGUUUAUUAAAAAUGCUUGUCAAAACACAACAAAAAAAUUAUUAGCUACAUUAAUAUCUCCUGGACUUGGUCAUGAUUCGCUUGCACGAGAAAAACGACUUAAAAAAAUGCCAGAUUAUUUAUUAGCCAUGGCAAUGCUCGAUAAUGGAACUAUUGAAGAAGAUAAUAUAUUACGCCAAGUAUUAGUAGAAUGUAGCAAAGUUCUAAUAUGUUUAGCUAAUGCUGGUGUAGAUUAUGAAUUACGUAUUGAACAAACAGUACUUAAUAAACUACAACAGGUGCUUGAUGUAGAUGUGCCAAAUAUAAUUAAGCAAAAACGUUUGCUUACAAAGUUGGUAGUUGACAUGGAUUUAGCUCGAGCAAAAUAUCAAACAGCUAUAAAAAACUCAAAUUCAGGAAGUUCCCAUACCAAUAAAGUAGAUGCAAGUAAAGAAGAAUUAGAAGAUAUAGAACUUAAAGUUGAACAAUGCAGGGAUUCCUUAGCAUCAGAAAUAUUUCAAUUAAUAUCCCGAGAAGCAGAGUUUUCUUCUAUUCUUAUGGAAUUGAUGAAACAUCAACGUUCUUACCACCAAACAGCAUUAGCUGUUUUAGAUCAAAUAGUUCCUGAAUUAGAGACUGUUAUUGACAGUAAUCCUGCAAAACCAGUUUUUGGUCAAAGACUGGAAGACCAUUUAAGAGUUACUAAAAGACGAAUAGCCUAUCCAAUUGAACUGUGUAUUUGCACUUUAUUGGAAAUCAGUGUUGAAGAAGAAGGAUUAUUUCGAAUCGCAGCUGGUGCUUCUAAAGUACGAUGCAUGAAACUACGAUUAGAUUCUAAUUGCUUAGAUUUAGAAUCUGCUGUUGAAUACAGAGAUCCUCAUAUAAUAGCUGGAGUAUUAAAAUCUUAUUUGAGGCAGUUACCAGAACCUUUAUUAACUCAUCAUUUAUAUGAAGAAUGGAUUGCUGCAGCUAAGUUACAAACUAGUGAAAGUAGACUUCAGGCAAUACUAAAUGUCGUUCAAAAGUUACCACAGUCAAAUUUAUACAACUUAAGAUAUAUUAUUAAAUUUUUGGCAAUGUUGACUAAACAUCAAGAUCUUAAUAAAAUGAGUCCUCAAAAUUUGGCUAUAGUUAUUGCACCAAAUCUUCUUUGGACGCCAGAAGAUAAAAAUGAUAAUAUUGGAUUAAAUAUGAAUGCAGCUGCGUGUCAUAAUGUGAUUGUAGACUGCUUAAUUUCUCAUUCAGAUUGGAUAUUUCCUGGAGAAGAAGAAUUUUAUGUGACAUUAAAAGCAUUGGAUAUGAAUGAUUUUAAUGGCCAUAAAAGGUCUAGUAGUGGAGAUACACAUUUAAUAUCUACAAAUGAUGCAGUUAACACAAAUUUGAAACGAAGUAGAUCUAGUACUAAUAUUACUGAUAUGAGUCCUCCAUCUGAGAGUCCAAAACCACAUACAAGAGGACGUAAAAGUAAACCGGCUCCUGUUCCACCAUCACCAACAUCUAAGGCAAAUAAUGUAUUUGAAAGUCCUGUGGUAAUAAAAGACCUAGACAAAACAAACUGUGAUAAACCUCCACCCGGUUCCUUACUGAAACCUAGUCAAACCACCGAAUCUCCUAGAGAAAAGUUACCAGCUGUUGAUACAGGUUCAUUAAAACGUCCUGUUAAGCCAGCUGUUGCUCCACGUACAAUACUUGAAACGUCUGAUGAUACAGCUUUUCGUAAACCUGCCAUACCUGAAAGACCAGCAUCUUUACAAAGACCUUUGAGUUCAUCAUUUAGAAGCCUUCGAAUAUUAACCGAUUUAUCUAAUGAAAAACCUGAUGUAGAUCAAGGUGGUGGCCCUAUGUUGGAAAGGGCACACUUAUACACAGUGUCAAAACAACAGGUCUCAUUGAUACAAGUAGGAAAUCAAUGUGAUGAUAAAGAAAUAACCCAAAAUCAACAUAGUGAUAUAAUAGAUAGUAACACAAAUCAAGAAAGUUCAAAUAAUGACAAUGAUGUUUGUAAAAGUCCAAAUUUUUCUAGUCACCGCCGUACACCUUCAGACACCCAAAUAGGACAAUUGCCAACAUUAAAAACACCAACUAGAACACAACGACCUAUUCCUCCACCACCUCCUCCACCAGUUUGUUCUUCCAAAAAAGAACCAGAAAGUACAGAUUUAUAGCAUUAAAAAAAGAAUUAGAAAAAAAAAUUUAUUUUUGUUUCAUUAUUAAUUCAUUGACCAAAGAAACAGUUAAAGUUAUUUAGCUCAGAUUCAUUAACGAGAGAAGCAUUUAAUAAUUUA